CGGCGCUCCGGACUGCGGGCAGUGGCGUGCGGCCGCCGCAGCGAGCGCCGGCGGCAGCGGGGCUCGGCAGCGCGGCUUGGCUCGGCUUGGCUCGGCUUGGCUCGGCGCGGCUCGGCUCGGCGCGGCUUGGCUCGGCGGCCCGCUCCCGCGCACCAUGUCCGGUACGGCCGCGGCGCCGCCGGCUCGCAGCGCCUGAGCGGGCGGCGGCGGCGAGGGGGACGAGCCGCCGCGGGGCCGCACAUGCCCGCCGCCCCCGGGAAGUUCGGCGGGCGCUGCCCGGCAUGAGGGCGGCGGGGCCCUGAGCCGGCGGCGGCCGCCCCCUUGGCGGAGGCGGCGGCGGCGCGGCCGUCGGGGCGCGGCUCGGCGGUCGGAGGGGGCGGGCGCGGCGAUGGGGGCUCUCCCGGCGCUGCUGGGGGCCGCCUUGCUGUGGGCCGGCGCCGGGGCCCUCAUCAACCUCAAGUACUCGGUGGAGGAGGAGCAGCGGGCCGGCACCGUGAUCGCCAACGUCGCCAAGGACGCCCGGGACGCCGGCUUCGUGAUGGACUCCCGGCAGCCCACCGCCUUCCGGGUGGUCUCCAACUCGGCCCCCCACCUGGUGGACAUCAGCCCCGGCUCGGGGCUGCUGGUGACCAAGCAGAAGAUCGACCGGGACCUGCUGUGCCGGCAGAGCCCCAAGUGCAUCAUCUCACUGGAGGUGAUGUCCAGCUCCAUGGAGAUCUGCGUGAUCAAGCUGGAGAUCAAGGACCUCAAUGACAACGCACCUAGCUUCCCCACUGACCAGAUUGAGCUGGAGAUCUCGGAGACAGCCAGUCCCGGCACGCGGGUGCCACUGGAGAGCGCCUAUGACCCGGACUCGGGCAGCUUUGGCGUGCAGAGCUACGAGAUCACACCCAACGACCUCUUUGGGCUGGAGACCAAGACGCGGGGUGAUGGGUCCCGCUUCGCCGAGCUGGUGGUGGAGAAGAGCCUGGACCGUGAGACUCAGUCCCACUACAGCUAUGUGAUCACAGCGCUGGAUGGCGGCGACCCGCCCAAAUUCGGUACGGUGGAGCUCAGCAUCCGUGUCAUCGACUCCAAUGACAACAACCCUCUCUUUGAGGAGCCAGCCUACACCGUCAGUGUGCCCGAAAAUUCCCCGCUGGGCACGCCGGUUAUCCGCCUCAAUGCCUCCGACCCAGAUGAGGGCACCAAUGGCCAGGUGCUCUACUCCUUCCACAGCUACGUCUCUGAGAGGGCCCGGGAGCUUUUCCAGAUUGACCCCCAGAGCGGCCUCAUCACAGUCAGUGGUGCCAUCGACUAUGAGGAAGGUCAUGUCUAUGAGCUGGAUGUGCAGGCCAAGGACUUGGGGCCUAACUCCAUCCCUGCCCAUUGCAAAGUGACCAUCAGUGUCCAGGAUGCCAACGACAACCCUCCUCUCAUUAAUCUGCUCUCCGUCAACAGCGAGCUGGUGGAGGUGAGUGAGAACGCCCCCCCGGGGUACGUCAUCGCCCUGGUGCGGGUCUCAGACCGUGACUCUGGGGCCAAUGGCCGGGUGCAGUGCAAGCUCCUGGGCAACGUGCCUUUCCGGCUCCAGGAGUAUGAGAGCUUCUCCACCAUCCUGGUGGACGGGCGUCUGGACCGGGAGCAGAGGGACCAGUACAACCUGACCAUCCAGGCCAGGGACAAUGGCAUCCCCUCCCUGCAGGCCACCAAGUCCUUCACUGUCAAGAUCACCGAUGAGAAUGACAACCACCCCCACUUCUCCAAGCCCUAUUAUCAGGUCAUUGUGCAGGAGAACAACACCCCGGGGGCCUACCUCCUCUCCGUCUCAGCGAGGGACCCUGACUUGGGCCUCAAUGGCAGUGUCUCCUAUCAGAUCGUGCCCUCCCAAGUCAGGGACAUGCCUGUCUUCACCUACGUCUCCAUCAACCCCAAUUCUGGGGAUAUCUAUGCUCUGAGGUCCUUCAACCAUGAACAGACGAAGGCCUUUGAGUUUAAGGUCUUGGCAAAGGAUGGGGGUAACCCCUCGCUGCAGAGCAAUGCCACUGUCAGGGUGAUCGUCCUGGAUGUCAAUGACAACACCCCCGUGAUCACGGCCCCUCCGCUGGUCAAUGGGACUGCUGAAGUGUACAUCCCCAGGAACGCGGGGGUUGGCUACUUAGUGACAGUGGUCAAGGCGGAUGACUACGACGAGGGUGAAAAUGGCAGACUUUCCUAUGAAAUGGUCGAAGGAGACAGAGGAUUUUUUGAGAUAGACCAGGUCAAUGGAGAGAUAAGGACCACCAGAGCCUUUGGGGAGAACGCAAAGACAGCGUAUGAGCUGAUUGUGGUGGCUCAUGACCAUGGAAAAACAUCUCUCUCGGCUUCUGCCUUGAUUUUGAUAUACCUCUCUCCGGCCCUGGAUGCCCAGGAGUCCAUAGGAUCUGUUAACUUGUCCCUGAUUUUCAUUAUCGCCCUGGGGUCUAUUGCAGCCAUUCUUUUUGUCACCAUGAUCUUCGUGGCAGUAAAGUGCAAAAGGGAUAACAAGGAAAUCAGGACCUAUAACUGCAGAAUUGCAGAGUACUCCUAUGGACAUCAGAAGAAAUCGAGCAAGAAGAAGAAAAUCAGCAAGAACGAUAUCCGUCUGGUACCGCGGGACGUGGAGGAGACGGAUAAAAUGAACGUUGUGAGCUGCUCCUCGCUCACGUCGUCCCUCAACUACUUUGACUAUCAUCAGCAGACCCUGCCGCUGGGCUGCCGUCGGUCGGAGAGCACCUUCCUCAACGUGGAGAACCAGAACAGCAGGAACGCUGGCUCCAACCACAUCUACCACCACACCUUCACGGGGCAGAGCCCCCAGCAGCCCGACCUUAUCAUCAACGGGAUGCCGCUGCCGGAGACCGAAAACUACUCCUUUGAUUCCAACUACGUGAACAGCAGAGCUCAUUUAAUAAAAAGCAGCUCCACGUUCAAGGACUUGGAGGGGAACAGCCUGAAGGACAGCGGCCACGAGGAGAGCGACCAGACCGACAGCGAGCACGACGUGCAGCGGGGCCUCUACUGCGACACGGCCGUCAACGACGUGCUCAACACCAGCGUCCCCUCCAUGGGGUCCCAGGUGCCCGAGCCAGAUCAGAGCGAAGGAUUUCAUUGCAGGGAGGAGUGCCGCAUCCUGGGCCACUCGGACCGGUGCUGGAUGCCCCGAGCCUCGGUCCCCAGCCGCGCCAAGUCCCCCGAGCGCGGGAGGAACGUCAUCGCGCUCUCCAUAGAGGCGACCACUGUGGACACAGAGCCUUACGAAGACUGUAGCACAAAAAGGACUUUUGCGACGUUCGGCAAAGAAGGGAGCGAGCCCGUCGCCGAUGAGCGGGCCGGCAACCCGAAAGGCAAAAGAACAGUGGAUCUGCCCGUCUGCAGCCCCAAGGCGAGCGGCGCGGUCCGCGAGGCCGGCAACGGCUGCGAGGCCGUGAGCCCCGUCACCUCGCCCUUGCACCUGAAGAGCCCCUUGUCCGGCAAACCCUCGGUGCCGUACGGCAUCGCGCACUGCCCGGGCAGCCGCGACCUGGAGCCGUUCGGGAACACUGGCCCUUCCCGGCCCACGGAGGCAGAGCCCCGGGGGGCGGACAGCGAAAAUAUCCUGCAUGAGGUUAACCCACUUCUGCAAGAAUGUAGAGAAAAAGACUCGCCAGGAGUGAAGAGACUAAAAGACAUCGUCCUCUGAGCAGCACCCUGUAAAGCAAGGAGAAACCACGCUACUCCUAGCGCGUAUUGUUUUUAUUGCUUACCAAUGGUUCACAGAUUGCUGUAUUUAAAAGCUUUCCCUAAAUGUAUUGUUUAUAAAUGAAGCUAUUGUUAAUGUGACAAUCCCACUUGUUUCAACAGGCAGCAGGGGUGUUCAGCUGGAGCAAAUUAGCUUGUUUUUCCGUUCACCUGGAAGUGGUAGGGGGCAGAGGUGAGACCUGUUCGGUUGUCAGAAGUGUUAGGUGUUACGUACUUUGAAUUUCUAUAUUUUUAUAUCUCAAAACUGAUACAAAUUUCCAUUCUUGUAAAGAAUUGAAUUGCAAAUUCCUUAUUCGGACCUCUUUAGUAAGCACCCUGGCCUUUUUGUAGUCUAGGCAAAAGGAUGGCCAUUUCUUGUUCAUGACUGCUUAAAAUUACAGUUCAGUGAAUUUUAAUAUUUACCCAACACAAAGUUGUUUGUAUUUUAAGAUGUUGCUAUUUUGCUAUGGACACCCCUGCAUUUAUGAAUCCUUUUGCUGUCACAUGCUUAUCUGUACUAUUAUUGUAUUUGAUAUUGCAAAUUACUGUAUGUCUAGUGAUGGCAAAAGGCUUUCAAGUUUUUUAAAAAACCCACAAUCAUCUUAUUUAAACCUUGGGGAACCUGCAGUUUUCAGACCCAGAGGAGCAAGUGCUUUUUCCAGGCCCCACCAUCCCCUGCAGCCUUCACCUGCUCUUGCAGGGCAGUAACAGGGCAUUACAGGAAGUCAUUUGGGGGAAAAUUCUGCCUGAAUUGUCGGUUGCACUGUGCUGAACUUUUCCAAGACCCAUUUCUAUUGCCUGCUUUCAAGGCAAUGCAUGGAAAGUUUUUCCAGAAGUUUUUUUUUAGCUUCCCGAUUUAGAUAUUCCCUGUCUCUAGUCAUUUCAAAGUCAAAGUGAUGAAAUUAUUUAAGAGAUCUAAAUUACCUUCUCAAUUAGACACACACUUCCCAGUCAGCAUUUCUCAAUCAUGAUUAUGCUAAGUAUGUGCGUGUAUGUAUGUUAUCAUGGCAUGGAUUUUAGUGAUCUGAUUUCUUUUUAUUCCUGCAUCAUAAAUAAAUACAGAACGAGCAAUAGUGAUGUUAAUUUAGGGGCAGACAGGUGAUAUGUAACAACACUACUAAUUCAAUUAAUGUGCCUUCUUAAUGGAGAAAAAAUGAAAGCAAUUCAUUAUUUUUUCUCAUAAUUAAGGACUUUUUUGUGUGGGUACAAAUUUACUCAUAUAAAAUUGAUUUAAAAAAUUGAGCUACUUUAAUAGCCAUUUGUAGAAGGGAGAGAGAGAGAGAGAAAAGGGGUCUCGGAGCUCUCUUUUCUCUGGCAGUGAUAAUUCCUCAGUGAGGUAAGAGUAAGGUAGGAGGAUUAGUGUAUUAUUAUUAUUAACCCUUCACUUGACAGAUUUCAUAGAAUUUAAAAUUGACUAUGGAAGGGAAAAUAUAUAGCUCUUGCCAAUGUUUGCUGUACCAGCAAGUUGAAAUUAGUGGUUUCUAGAGAAAUAGUCUUUCUAGGUCUACAUAUCAUGAUAAAAUAUUUUUUACUUUGAUUUAUUUAAAUUAAAAAUGUCAACAAGAAAACAAGCUCCAGUCAUUAUUAUCCUCAAAAUCAAAUAAGCUCAACUAAUCUGGUUCCUUAGGGCAAAUUGGUCCUGUCUGAACUUGUAGCUGUUCUGAGACAGGUCCUCAGUCAGUUUGUCAUCAGAGCCGCUUGAUAGCGCCAGGAGUUUGAGGAGAACCUGCAAGGAAAGCUCUUCUGGUGAGAUUAGUGAGCCUUCCCUCUCCGGUGUUGAUUACUGCUACCUCAUUCAGGCCCAAUCCCAUAAGUUAAUGUGACGUCAUGUAUCCCUCCUCGAAGUGCACCAGGGUUUCCCCUUCGUUGGGAAGUCGGGAGAGCGGUUUUGUGCUCUUUCUGUCCCAGCGGUGCUGCCUGCUGGGGGCUGUGCGGCUGCGAUGCUUUUUUCCCCCCUUUUUUGCAAGCAGAUGUAUUAUUAUAACACAAGCGACAGAAGAAGGAGGCUGCCUUGAUGUUCUUAAAGUAACCGGAUUUUCUGCCACAGUUAGGCUGGGUUUAAUGUGAUACUGCCUGUUUCGGUCAGCUUCGGUUGGCUUUAUUCAGGAAAAUGUGACAUAUGCGUUUGCUGGGUGGAAGAUGCUUGCUUGGUGCCCCAGGCUGAUCACCCCCAGCGCUACCCCCGUGGGUGCAAGGUGGUUUGCAGAGCCGUCCCGCCACCGCGGGGCCUGGCAGGAUGGUGAUGGGCACGGGUCCCCAGCGCCCGGGAAGCACCAGCCCUUAAUUUUGCCCGAGUGUUGUCCUCUGCCUAUGGUGCUGCCACCACCAGCCAUCGUGGUUGGGAUGAAAAAUAGAUGCUAACUGAAAAGGAAGGGGGGGAAAAAAAAAGAAACAUUUCUCUAAUUUACCCAGAGGAAACGUUGCUUGCCACUCCAAAUAAAAGCACAGCCGAGAAAGAAUGUGAAAUAAUUCUGUAUUAAAAGGGGGCAUUAAAGAGGUCAGUAAACCCUUAUGCCUCCAAGAAAAUUGUUUAAACAACAGUUUUGCCUGCCCUGACCUGCGCCGCGGCACGGAUGGAGGCAUGUCCCCGACACGUCGUCGCUGCGUGGAGCAGAGGGCCGAGAGCGCAACUGGGAAAGGGCUGCGACGCCCUUCCCUCUCCUGAAUAUUUUGCUGUUUCUGUCACUGUCCCUCUCUGUCAUUUGAGAUGAGUUCAGGGCUCCUGGGCGAAUCGCAGUCUCUCGCUUUUUUUUUCUUUCCCUUAAUAGUUGCGUCAAAACUGGCCAUGCAAAAAUGUAAAGGCUGCAGGGUAGGCGCUUCUUAUGGUUUAAGAUAUAAUUAACGUAAUCGCUCAUAAUUCAGACCUGUCCUCAGCAUUGGUUUAGGAAAAUCACUUGUAUCCGUUGGUUUCCUUGGGGCAAGCUUGCUCCGCUCCCCCAUUUACCCGGAGGAGCCGCAGCCGUGCAGCCUCUCUGUGCCGCGCGGCGGGGACCCGCUGCUUGUGCCGGUGCUUCCCCACGCCGGGGACCAGCCCAGCUGCCUUCGCCCCCGGGUUUCCCCGUCCCGGCUGUCCGGUCCGUGGCCGCCGGGGUUCGAUUUUGUGCCGAUGCAGCGUGGCGGGGGGUUGGGGAAGGAAGAAACCCCCCCAGUGCCUGACGCGUUGUCCUGAGGAGGUGGUUGCAGUUCCCUGUUGUGUUGUGAAGCUGGAGGUGGCCUGCGCAUCACACGUUGUGCCGAAGUGAGUUCCCCCCGCCUUUUUUUUUAAAAAAAAGAUAGGAAACAAGUUGCUUUUGUAAAGAACACACUGUCUGAUUAAUAUGUUGAAAUUCUUCUUGGGGGAAAAAAAUUCUAAUUAUGAAUGGAAACACAUUUGUUUGUCAUUGGGGAAAAUUGAUGACCUCGUUGCUACAGCUGCUUUUGCAGCUACAGGUAAUCUUUUAUCCAACUUGUGAGUUGCAGUUACCUUCGGGGAAAAACCCAGCCAAGCCCACUGCAGGUGCUGGCGAGAUGGAGUCGCUCUUGGCAUCAGCUGAUGUUCAGCUGAUCGAAGCUGGGAUAUAACCUUUAAACUCAAAGAGCAGACCUAAUGCAAACCGGUUUUCAGCAACAAAUACCUCCUUGCACUACUCCGACGCUAAGGGUAUUAGUUGCAGAAGGUGUCACACCUUCGGACGAGCUCCCGGAGCAAGAAAACCAGCCUGAUGACACCAUCACUGUUCACCUGUCAACCUCGGGCAGGGUCUCGGUGGGACUGAAGUGCGGUACGUUUCACCAUGGUGUCUCCGUUGCUGACUAUAUGAAGAAUAAAUUGUUGUAUAUGCUAAUAUGUAUGUUAUGUACAUUUUCACAGUGAUUGAAUCAUUGUAAACAACAAAAUGGAAAAAAAAAUCACCAUUCUGUCUAUUUUAUGAAGAUGAUAAAGCAGCUUUAUUAAAUUAUUACGAUUCUGUUUCAAAAUGGUGUACCUGCCACGUUGGUUUUUUUUUUAUCUGAUGAGAACUUUGUUUUCCACCUCAAUGUGAUUUUCUUUUCUCUGCUUUGGGCAUCUAAUGCAUUUUAGUAUUAAAGGCAAUUAUUGAAUAAAAUGGAAAGUAAGUGUUUGGUUAAA